CUCAUCCGCCUGUCAAGCCCAAGCAGCAGCAGCCAACGCAGGGGGACAGCUUCCCAGAGCUGUAACCUACCUGUGUUCGGGCACCCUAUCCACUUUAACUCAUGCUGUGUAUAGUAAAAGCUCGGAACAGAAUCGGUCCGAGAUGAAUCGCAGCCUGAGGACCAGGAGGUGAUCCAGGAGGCUGUUCCGUGAUGCUGGACUCAGGUGAUCCACAGGCUCAACUGAACAGUGAGAUGUCCCUUUUUAAAGGGGCUUUGAAUCAGCCACACGGAGAGGAGAAAAUGACCUUAAUCGCUCAUUCUGUCGCUGAGGUGUUCCCUUGAACCGCAAACACACUUUCUGAAACACAAACUAGACGACACUCAAUAGACACCUGCAAGCAAAACAUACGCUUCAGGCCCUGCCUUCCACAACCUGGAACCUUAACCUUACUCCAUGGAUUCCUUUGGCCUUCACUUUGAGAGAAUGAGCAACUUGGACUUGCACCCUUUAAGCCUGCCGAUCAGCCGGCUCUCUCCAGCAAAGUCCACCAGCAGCAUUGCAGACCAGCUCCCCCACCAUCAGCACGGGAAGGGGGACUCCGCCUACAGCUCCUUCUCCGGCGGCUCCACCGUUCCAGACUACCCGUCACCCUUCCUCCAGGAUGACCUGCAGCCCAGCGCCUUUAACCACUACACCGAUCUGAAGUAUGUGAAAGCGGUGUACCAACCCUGCCAGGCUCACCAGUCCGAGACACGGACCAUGGACCAGCUGUAUCACUCUGUGGAGGCCAUCUCUCAGCAGCAUCGCACCAUCAACAACCGACGGCAAAACGGACACGAUAGAUGUCACGCCGAGAGCAAACUGACUGCCUCCCCUAAUCCUUCCAGUUCCCAUCAACCUCCUCCACCGCCGCCCGCACGCCUGGAUAGCCUAGUAGCCACGAGGAACCUAGAGAACAGCCGAGGCCACCAUCAGGGUACUAAACCCCAACCUCAGCCACUACGCACACGGACGCAGCAAACGCCCUUCAGUCACUUCCAGCCGUCAACCCUGCCUCAAGACACUCUCAAAUCAAAUGACACAGCUGAUCCAGAGCCCCGCAACCUAGUCUAUGGGGGCUGGCGGGUAACCCAGCAAGGACCGCCGCUGUCUCAUCAGCCUCCCAGUUACCGGCCUCCACCUCAACGCCAUGACGUGGUCAAUUUCUCAGACUCGGAACACAUUAUCCCUGCCCAUCAGAGCAAAUUGGGGCAGCAGCAAAUAUCAGCCAGCCACCUUAACAAACCACCAGCUCAGGGCACCAACCAAAUGGAGAAUCAAAAGAACAGACAGAGGACCAGGAGUAGUGAUUUAACAAACAAAGGAAGCAAUCAUUUUGAUCGCUAUCGCAAAAGGGCGCACUCCGCCAAAGAGAGUUCCCAGAGUCUGGUCCCAGAGCCAGACAGGUCUUCAAGCCCGAGCAGUUUCGGCCAGAACUUGACCGCCAGCAGCAGCAGCCAGCAUAAGGGUCAGUUUUAUUUUGUAACAGGUAGACAGACAGGAACCGGUGGAAGGAAACUCUCUGUGUCGUCAUGUGCCUCUGAGGCAGGAAGCGAGAGCUCCACCGUGGUGGAGACGUUCACUCUCAGGGAGAAGGAAAGAUGCCACAGCACCAUGGACAAUUUCUUCAGGCCCACCCAGCACAGGCCUUACAAAUCCACGGAAGCACUUUCAGAUAAGAUGCCAGUUUACCCUCCAAUGUCUCAGGAGCAGGACUCUGUGUUCGAGAGCCAGGAUGAGAACCUGAGUACAACGUUCAAUGGACCUUAUCCAAUGACAACACAGCCCUCCCACAAGUUUGACUCAUUAGAACAGAUGCACUUGAUACAAUGUCAGGAGAUGGGCCGUCACACAGCUACCAACCCCAUCUUCUUCUGUGGCCCAGAGGAAAGUCACACCCUCAAAGGAAAUCAAACGCCAGCAAAAGGGGGCGCUAAAUUGAUAAGCAAUGACCAGCUCAUUUUUCGCAAGAGAGAAGAUCUGGCAAAGAAAGGUAGAAGACAACCACUAGGGGAUGUAGCGAGUGAAAGAAUCAACAAGGAAACCACUCCACUUCUCUACCAUCUGACCGGUGCCAGCAGGACGGCGCCGAAGCCCAAAAAGGACGUUUUUGUCAGUGUAAAAUGCGAAGAAACAACCUUUAACAAAGCUUGUCAAAAAGAAAUUAAUGCACACAGGAAGGAGAGAUCUCUUCCGAUCGAAGCCGUUGCAGAAGGUGGUGGGGAGGUUAUUUUUAAUGCCUGCAACACGCUGGAUGACUCAUUUAAGAAAUACUACAAGGAACAGCUCAAGGACGCCCAGUCUAAAGUCUUGAGGGAGACUUCGUUCAAACGCAAGGAUCUCCAGCUGUCCUUGCCCCACCGGAUCAACGAGAAAAGACUCGAGCUGCGGCCCUCGGUAAUGCAUCAUUUCAGCGCUUCACAGGACUCCGAGACGUCAACAGACACUCUGACCCCGUCAAUAACAUCAGGGGAGAUGGAGAUAGGGAGCAUCAAAAAAGAGGUUGUGGAGGAAGAGAAGGAUGAAGAAGGUCAAAGGGAAAAUGGAAGACCUUUGAAUGUGGCACAGCCCCAAGUGGCUCGCAUUGGCUGCCGGAAACGUCUGACUCAAGAGAAGAAGAAGAUGUGCUUCUCUGAACCUGAGAAGCUUCAUCAGCUGGGUGACUCUACAUACCAUUCAUCUUGCAGUUCCCUUGGGAAUGAAUUGGAGCAGUUCAUCUCAACGGAAUGUCUCACAACACAGGAACCAGGACAGCAUGGAGAGCAAGGGUUUGUGGCAGCCAGGAGGAAGAUCUUUGAGACACGAGGCCGAGCCUUUUCUGCUUCCAAUCUCUCAAAGACAAACCUCAAGAACCUUCAGCACAAAGCGCUGGUGGAGUAUGUUGAACGCAAGACGGGCCACAAGGUUGCUGAGCCCCAGCAGCCUGGGCCUCAAUUACCACCUCCCUCAAGACAGAGGCACUCUGUUGGGGAGAAGCCAGUUGGGUCGGCGGCCAAGUCCCCUGUGAGCACAGGCGGUCAGGGGUUCAAGAAGAAACUCAACAGGCCGCAUUCAGCAGGCCACAUCCUUGAUUCUUCCAGCAGUUCCAUCAGAUAUGCCCAGUUUUUCUCAGCUCAGCAAGCUCACUCUAGAUUGUUCCAAGGCAGUGGCCAACCCAGCAUGAAGGAGGGCCAGAGUGCUCAAGGAAAGUCUGCCUCUGUGGAGAGCUUGUUGAGCCAGACAGAACCCGCAGACCUCUUCAGGAACCGGUCUAGAUCCAUACCAUAUGCAUUUCAGGCACAUGGCCCAGAGGAUGAUUCAUCUCCGGCCGAUGCUAUGGAAACCCAGAGAAGUGAGCCUGGGCUUGCGUCUGAGGAGGCCAGGCCGGCAGCCCCGGAGGUCCAGCAGCGGGUCCGCGUGGUCGCCCAGAGGGGGAAGUCCAUGGAGGAGCUGGGAACAAUGAGGUGCUCCAGACCCCCGGUGCUGAGCAAGAGCACUGAACAGCUCGAGCAGUUCUGGGAUCCCGCAGUGAGAUCUGGAAGGGAGAACAGGAGCCUGCCCUCUGUCUUGGAUGAUGGACGACUAGACAAGAUGGCCCACCUUCAGGGUCUGGAGCAAGCAAGGCAGAGCAUGGAGACCCUUGGCCUGGAAAGGGCCCGGCCACAAAAAUGGACCCACAAGAGAACCCCGUCCAAGGCAAGUUCAAACUCACAGCUGGGGCCUGAUGAGGAGAGCAGCCCUGCGGCACAUGCAGAAGCCAAGAGCUUGAGUAGAUCCGACUCCCCGGCCUCCGGCAACUGUUCUCGGUACAGAAUUCCCUCGGGCACUCCUAGCUCGCAUGGGUCUGUCUGGGAUGAGGGAAGGCUCAGUGUACCUGGCAGUGAACCCUCUGACCCCCAGUCACCAAACGGGCCGGAGAGCAGAGAAAGAGGCAUCAAAUCGACCCCGGCCAACCUAUCUGUGCUCAGUCAGGCGAAGUCUCCAAAGGACAGCAAGCCCGGGUCCAGAGACAGAAAGUCGACCAGUGGGUCUGCGUCGCACCAAGCGUGGCCAUUGGAUGAAUCCCAAGUUAUAGCCCCACCCCCUGAUUCCAACCAGGAGGACGAGCUGCCGUCCCCUCCUCUUCCUCCUCGUGUGGUCAGCGAUGAGAGCCACGACUCCCCACUCAGCGACGACGUAUUUGAGUACCAUUCCGAGUCCCCCAGCCUGGGUUCCCCUGCGCUGAACGCUGCACCAUUUCAAUCUCCCUCUCACGGCGUCUCCGGCGCCCCACCCAUCGCCGCCGUGGACGUGGAGGCCCUCGCCGAGACCACGGGCACACCGGACCCAGAAGGAGAGCCGCCACCGGAGCAGCCCCCCGCGGGGAAGCCGGGCUGGACGGAGCUGGCGGUGGCGGUGGUGAAGGCGGACCCGUCGCUGGCCAAGGCGCUGUACCCGCUGGCCGACCGCAAGACGGCGCUGAUGCUGAUGGAGCAGCUGCUGUCGGAGGACACCCUGCUGAUGGAGGAGCACUACAAGAAGAAACAGGGGCAGAGGGGGCCGGCACCGAGUGCUGCGGAUGUCCAGCCCUUAUCUGCUUUUGACGAAGACGAGCACCCUGUUCCAAGUUCAGAUCCACAGGUCCAGGCGAGCAUCACUGAGAAGAAGCGCGUCCUGGUGUCCUACGCAGAGGAGCGCCUGCGGGGCCUGGAGGCGGAGCGCGGGCCCCUGGUGACGGAGGUCCAGGAGAACGCGGCGCGCGGCGAGGCGGUGCUGGCGCUGGUCCGGCAGCGCUGCCUGCCCUUGGAGGUGGAGCGCUACAGCCUCUUCGUCGGGGACCUGGAGCGAGUGGUCAGCCUGCUGCUCUGCCUCUCGGCCCGGCUGGCCCGCGUGCAGAACGCCCUGAGCACCGUGGACCAGCACACCGACGCAGAGGAGAAGGAGUCCCUGGACAGCCGCCACCGCCUGCUGUGCAAACAGCGCGAGGACGCCAAGGACCUGAAGGACAACCUGGACCGGCGGGAGAGCGUGGUCUCCGCCUUCCUGGCCCCCCAUCUGAGUGACGCCCAGCUGGGGGGCUACCGGCGCUUCGUCCAGACCACCGCCUCGCUGCUGAUCCGGCAGAAGGACCUGGAGGAGCGGCGGCAGCUGGCCGAGGAGCAGGCCGAGGCCCUGAGGAGCAGCCUGCCGCCGGGCCCCUGAGGGCCCCCGAGGGCCCCGGAGGGAGGGAGGGGGAAGAG